CUGGCAGGAACCCCUAGGUUGAAAAUGAUAAGUAGGCAGGAAGAGUCCUUUACGACACCGGCUUAUUUUUUUUGUGGGAUCACUUGUCAAUCCAAACGGGAGGAGUUCGCCGGCUAUAGCCAAGAAAGGGCAGUGGACAUCUUCAAGACCAGUAGAAGGUAUCUCUGAAGUGACUUUCGUGGCACAUUAGAACAAAAACUUGUUGAAAUUAACAGUAUAUUGACUACUGUUACAUUGUAAUCCGCGUGUGGCUCAGUAACCUCAUCACGUCUCAGCUGGCAGACCUAGCUAAAAUAGCUAACGCUGGUUGCUAGCAAGCCAACCGAGUUAGCAGAGAAUUAAAGAAGUCAACCGUUAUGGGCCAAACCUGGAUAACGUUGGAAUAAGAUAGGUACAUUGCAAAGUUUACAUUUGACUGUUUUGUCUGCACUACUUUAGCAGUCCUUCUGAACAAUUAGGUUAGAACGCACGUGACGUGGUGGCUAAAAUAGACAAUAGCCAAGCAACCCCAAGUCACCUUGCAUUUAGAUAGAGUAAAUUAUCGGAUAUCGAUUGCAAUAGCUUGAUAAUAUUGGUUCCAUCCGUAUGAUGCACAAGCAAGGGUCGUUCGGGUCCACCUUGUUCAGCGGGGUCUUCUGUCAAUGCCGAGCUGAGGAGGCGCACUGUGGUUCUGACCCUGGUGGCGGGGUCGAGGGUACUGGGGGCACAUCCUUCCCAUCCUCACAUCCAACUCGGGAGCGGCCGUUGUCAGGGGAGAACACAGGUUCCUGUGAUGACUCCUGUGAGCCAUCAUAUCCAUGCGAACUUUGUGGUGGACCCGAGCAGGACCACAGACUGAGAGUGCUGUUUCAAGUCCUGGAUGUGAAUGGUGAUGGGGGCAUCUGCGUCAACGACCUGUCCAUUGGGCUCAAGAAACUGGGGGUUCAUCGCACAGAACUCGAGUUAAUGAAAAUAGUUAAAGCGGGAGAUAAGGACCUGGACGGCCAGCUGGACUUUGAGGAGUUUGUCCACUACCUGAGAGACCACGAGAAGAAGCUCCGGCUGGUCUUCAAAAGCCUGGACAAGAAGAACGAUGGUCGCAUCGACAAGCAGGAAAUCAUGCAGUCCCUUCGAGACCUGGGGGUUAACAUCUCCGAGCAGCAGGCUGAGAAGAUCCUCAAAAGCAUGGACAAGAACGGCACGAUGACCAUCGACUGGAACGAGUGGAGAGACUACCACCUACUGCACCCCGCCGUUAACAUUCCCGAGAUCAUCCUGUACUGGAAACACUCAACGAUAUUUGAUGUGGGGGAGAGUCUGAUGGUGCCAGAUGAGUUUACAGCCGAGGAAAAGAAGACUGGGAUGUGGUGGCGACACUUAGUGGCUGGAGGGGCAGCCGGCGCCAUGUCUCGAACAUGCACCGCACCCCUGGACCGGCUCAAAGUGCUCAUGCAGGUCCACGCCUCCCGUACCAACAGCAUGUGCAUCGCCGGCGGCUUCACCCACAUGAUACGCGAGGGCGGCAUGAGGUCACUAUGGCGAGGCAACGGCAUGAACGUCAUCAAGAUCGCCCCCGAGUCGGCCAUCAAGUUCAUGGCUUACGAGCAGAUCAAACGUUUGAUAGGCAGCAACCAGGAGACACUGGGCAUCCUGGAGAGGUUUGUGGCGGGAUCUCUGGCUGGAGCCAUCGCCCAGAGCAGUAUCUACCCCAUGGAGGUGUUGAAGACCCGCCUAGCCCUGAGGAAGACGGGCCAGUUCUCUGGCAUCGCUGACUGUGCCAAAUACAUCUUCCGGAAGGAGGGCAUGGCCGCCUUCUACAAGGGCUACAUUCCCAACUUGAUAGGCAUCAUCCCCUACGCCGGCAUCGACCUGGCUGUCUACGAGACUCUGAAGAACUCAUGGCUGCAGCACUAUGCCACAGACAGUGCUGACCCAGGGGUGGUCGUCCUGUUAGCCUGCGGUACCACCUCCAGCACCUGUGGACAGCUGGCCAGCUACCCCCUGGCCCUGGUCAGGACCCGAAUGCAGGCACAAGCCACCAUCGAGGGCGGUCCCCAGAUGACCAUGUCGGGGCUGUUCAAACACAUUGUGAAGACUGAGGGUGCAUUCGGACUCUACAGAGGCCUGGCCCCCAACUUCAUGAAAGUCAUUCCAGCGGUCAGCAUCAGCUAUGUGGUCUACGAGAACCUCAAGAUUAGCCUGGGGGUGGUGUCACGUUGAGGACCAGGGGGAGAGGGAGAGAGCACUUCCCCUUAAGGCUAAAUGGGUAUUUUUUGCUUUGCCAAGCAACAGAGUGGUUGACUCUGAAAAAAGGGAGGAAUCUCAGCAGACUGAGAGCUGGGGUUGUUGGAGAACAUCUCAUUCUGUAAAUGUUAUGAAGACCGGUGGGGAGAGGUAGAUGGAGGGAGGAGAGAGAUGCUACAACACUAAGGACAAAAAAGCGAUGGACAGAUGGGAACGGACACUGUGACUGGGAGAGAGAUGGAGAUCCUCUCUCAUAGCUGUAAUCUUAAAGUAUCAUUAUUUAAGGAGUUAUUUUGUUAUCAAUCCAGAGGCACUUCACCUUGAGUCCACUGUUGGAUUUUUAUUAUCAAAUUUGAAGCCCCAGGUUAACUGAAAAGCAAUCUCUUCACUGGAACUCCAGUAUUAUCCAACCUGCUUGAAGUUUGUUAACAAAAAUGUAUUUAGGGAGCAAAAAUCUGCUUUUGUUUGAAUGUUGCACUGUGGCGGCUGCUGUUAAGUUUGUGGGGACUGGGGAGUGACAAAAGCAACUAGGGGAGCAGGUAUCAAGUGUUUGACCCUUCACUCAAUAGUACUAUCCUAUAGUUGGCAGUAUUAGUCAACCUAUAUGGCUUGUGAAAGAAGACCAAAGUCGAAUUCAAGACAAAGGGCUUUUCUGAUUGUCAUCUAAAGUUGUCCUAUGUGUAAUAUGUAUCCAUCCGCCUUAAUGCAGCACUCCUUAAAAUGUAAGAGGCAGCAACUAUUAGGGCAUUAGCUGUUAUGAAUUUGUCUGGAGGGAUCAAAACCUCAACUCACCAUUUUGAUUUAUCUGGUUAAUUCCUUUAUUUUAGGCCCCAUUCAAAAGUAAUCCAAAACAUGUUUUUCCCUUUUUCUCAUUGUAUAACUUGAUGACAAUGUUAAACAACUGAUUUGAACAGAAAAGCUGAUGCAGGUUGGAUUCCGAAAGUGUCUUAUUGUCUACUUAGUCUUAAAACAGCUGGCAAGAAGUGUGUAUGUCUUGAUGCUAAUUCAUUUUUUGUAUUGUAACCAGAUAUUUAUUUAAAUGUGGUCCAAGACAGGCAGCGCUCAAAUAAUAGAUACUGUUAGCAGAUGUUUAGUUACAAUACUAUAACAUAUUCAUAAACUGUUAAUAUAUUGUUUUCCAAGAUACGAUGUAACACAAAAUGAUUACCUACCUACUGAUCAAGGUUUGAGGUGUUACGCUGUCACUUCCUGUUUAACAUUUCGGACAGGAAGUCCUGAUUUGUCAUGGUUCCUCCGCACCUUCUCUGCAUUUGAUGUCUACGGUCUGUAAAUGCGUGAAUUUCCGAAGUGUAGGGUAUUAAGUAAGAGCGUGAGGGCGCGGCGGCGUAGUGCGGCCUUAGUUAAAGUGCAUUGCACUUGUAAACAACAACAGCAAGUGUGGGAGUGCUCAGUCCCCAGUACGCAGAGUGGAGAAACAUUUCUGCAAUGGGACAGGGCAAUGGUCUGUGUGAAUGAGGACCUUGCAGUACGGGAAUGUGUUCUAGUCUCUUGUUCUGCUCCAUUACAUUUAAACUGCAAUGAUGAGCAAACAGUACCACCAAGCUUCCUCUGGCUGCACUUAAACAAAAAAGGAGAUGUGUAGGCGCCGGCAGUUAACAACACUUAAUGCACUUUAAGGUAAUCUGUAUUAACUUUAACCAGACUUUAAUAUUUUUGAUUAUUAAUAAAAGAAUAAAGCAGUUUGACUGAAAUCAAAUUAUGGAUUGCUAGCAUUGCAUAAUGACGUCCUUUUUUCAAUCAUCAAUUUGACGGAUAUGAUUAAUAAUAUUAAGUGUUAUAUGGAGCGUGAAUGGAGGCUGAUAUGUUAUUUGUUGUAUGGCUUAAUGUCUCAAGCUGUUUCUCCUUUAUGCUGAAGGCCGUUUUUUGUUUUCAUCUGAAUAUGUGAAAGAAAUAUAUUUACAGUUCCAAUUUGAGACUUGGUUAUCCCUCGCAAAUAUUCAAAUGCAAGACUUAAGUGUUCUGGCAGUUGCCUUAUUUUACUUCAGAUGCAUGAAUCGACUUUUAGAUUAAUGUACUCCAAUUCCAGAGGAUGGAGAGGACAAUUUGUCUUAUUAAAUACUUUUUUCCAUCCUUAGGGAUAAUUUAGUAUUUAUUUAGCCCAAAGGCUGGCAGAUGGCGAUAUUGAGUCAUUUCUGGAAGAAACUGGGAAAAUGAGGACUUUCUUUAUGAAACACCAUUCCCCUCACAUAUUUCUGGCACUGAAAUAGAAUGUGUUUGAAAUUGAUCUCAGGUGCAUCCUGUUACCAUUGAUCAUCCUUGAGAUGUUUCUACAACUUGAUUGGAGUC